AUGGCGGCUGUCCGUGCACUGUCACUGUCGCUGCCGUCAGCGGUAGUGUCAGGCUCAGGCCUCACCGCGUCUGCCCGCCAGCAGGAAUCCUCGACUCCUUUCCAGCCGCGCGGUGCGUUUCUCAAGUUCAAUGGCCUCAAGAGCACCGCCGGUCUGCCUUCGUCGAAGCAGGCCGUGCGAUCCCCUGCGAUGUCGCGCAAGGCAUCCAACGACCCCGUUCGACGCCUCGUGACGACGGCCGAGUUCUCCAAGGUUCCCCAGGAGCCCAUGGGCCUGUACGACCCUGCAUUGGACAGCGACGCGUGUGGUGUCGGCUUCGUUGCCGAGCUCUCCAAGAUCCCCACGCGCAAGACUGUGACUGACGCGCUCGAGAUGCUUAUCCGCAUGGCGCAUCGCGGCGCGUGCGGCUGCGAGGUUAACACCGGUGAUGGUGCUGGUAUCAUGGUGGCUCUACCGCACGACUUUUUCGUCAAGGUUGCCAAGGUGGAUGCUGGUGUGACUCUCCCGGCGCUGGGAGAGUACGGAGUGGGAAUGUGCUUCCUCCCCACGGACAAGAAGCGCAGGAACCGCGGCAAGGAGGCAUUCAACAAGGUGGCGGAGGAGAUGGGGUGCAAGGUGCUGGGGUGGCGGCGCGUGUUGACGGACAACGCGGAUCUGGGCAAGGCGGCGCUGGACACGGAGCCCAUCGUGGAGCAGCUCUUCCUGCUCGUCAACAAGGACUCGCACCUCGAGGCCGAGCAGCAGAUGUGGCUGCUGCGCCGCACCGCCAUGAAGGCCGUCCGCGAGGCGCUUAAUCUGAAGGUCGGCGGCACGCGCGACUUCUACAUCUGCUCGCUCUCCACCAGGACGAUCGUGUACAAGGGGCAGCUGAAGCCGGAGCAGCUGCAGGGUUACUACCACGCUGACCUCGACGACGAUCGCUUCACCUCCUACAUGGGCCUCGUGCACUCGCGGUUCUCAACGAACACGUUUCCGAGCUGGGAGCGCGCGCAGCCGAUGCGCAUUCUGGGGCACAACGGCGAGAUCAACACGCUGCAGGGCAACGUCAACUGGAUGCGCGCGCGCGAGGGGCUGAUGAAGUGUCCCGGGCUCGGCAUUUCCAAGGAGGAGCUGGACGCCGUGCUGCCCGUCAUCGACGCCAACUCCUCCGACUCGGGCGCGUUCGACGGAGUGCUCGAGAUGCUCGUGCGCGCCGGCCGCACGCUGCCCGAGGCCGUCAUGAUGAUGAUUCCCGAGGCGUGGCAGAACGACAAGAACAUGUACCCCGAGAAGAAGGCGCUCUAUAAGUACCUCUCCGCGCUCAUGGAGCCCUGGGAUGGGCCCGCUCUCAUUGCCUUUUCUGACGGCAAGUACGUGGGUGCCACGCUGGAUCGCAACGGUCUGCGUCCCGGCCGUUACUACGUGACGCACAGCGGCCGCGUCAUCAUGGCCAGCGAGGUGGGCGUCGUCGACGUGGACCCUGCUGACGUGGCGCGCAAGGGGCGCCUGAACCCCGGAAUGAUGCUAUUGGUGGACUUCGAGAAGCACGAGGUGGUCGAUGACGAGGCGCUCAAGCGCCAGUACUCGAGCCAGCGCCCCUACGGCGAGUGGCUGGCCAAUCAGAAGCUGACACUUGGCGACAUCGUCGCGUCCGUCCCGGAGGCUGAUCGCGUGCCGCCGCCGAUCGCGGGCGCGACGGAAGUCGAUUCGUCAGCAGACGAGACGAUGGAGACGAUGGGGAUCAGCGGGCUGACCACGCCGCUGAAGGCGUUUGGAUACACGAUCGAGGCUCUGGAGAUGCUGCUGCUGCCCAUGGCGCAGACGGGAUCCGAGGCGCUGGGAUCCAUGGGGAACGACACUCCGCUGGCGUGCAUGUCCACGCGGCCGAAGCUCAUGGCGGAGUAUUUCAAACAGCUCUUCGCGCAGGUCACCAACCCCCCGAUCGAUCCCAUUCGCGAGGCCGUUGUUACCUCCACGGAGUGCAUGGUGGGGCCCGAGGGAGACUUGACGGAGACGACUGAGGCGCAGGCGCAUAGGUUGUCGCUCAAGGGCCCGCUGCUGACGCCGGAGGAGACGGAGGCGAUGAAGAAGAUGGACCACCGCGGGUGGCGCACGGCCGUUGUGGAUGUCACGUUCGCGCGGAGUGAGGGGCCGGACGGGCUGGAGAAGGCGCUGGAUCGGAUCUGCGCUGAGGCGAGCCUGGCCAUCGAGGCUGGGUACAAGAUGCUCGUGCUGUCCGACCGAGCCACGUCCCCGACCCGCAUCCCUGUGAGUGCGCUCCUGGCAGUAGGAGCGGUCCAUCAGCACCUUGUCCGCACGCUGCAGCGCACGCGUAUCGGAAUCGUAGUCGAAUCGGGCGAGCCCCGCGAGGUGCAUCACUUCUGCACGCUCGUGGGGUUCGGCGCCGACGCCAUCUCGCCCUACGUCGCCACGGAGGCCAUCUGGCGGCUCCAGGUCGACGGCAAGAUCCCGCCCAAGGCGGACGGCUCCCUCCGCACGAAAGACGAGCUCAUCCGCACGUAUUUCAACGCGAGCAACGCGGGCAUGCUCAAGGUGCUGGCCAAGAUGGGCAUUUCGACGCUGGCUUCGUACAAGGGCGCGCAGAUCUUCGAGGCCUUGGGAUUGUCGAGCGACGUGGUGAACCGCUGCUUCCGGGGCACGGCGAGCCGGAUUCAGGGCGUGUCGUUUGACGUGCUUGCCGCGGAUGCUAUUCGCAUGCACGACCAGGCGUUCCCGCUGGGAACCGAGAAGAAUCUUGCGGAGGAUUCGGCUGAUGCUAUUGCUGUGCCGAAUGCUGGGGAGUAUCAUUACAGGAAGGGCGGGGAGGUGCAUUUGAACGACCCGGUCGCGAUCUCGCGCCUGCAGGAGGCCGCGCGGACGAACAGCCCAGGGGCUUAUAAGGAGUAUGCCCAGAUUACCAACACGCUGAACCAGCAGUGCAACCUGCGCGGCAUGCUCAAGUUCAAGCCGGCGCCAGGUGGCGCGAUCCCAUUGGAGGAGGUGGAGCCGGCGAGCGAGAUCGUGAAGCGGUUCUGCACGGGAGCCAUGAGCUACGGGUCUAUCUCCCUGGAAGCGCAUCAGAGCUUGGCCAUCGCUAUGAACACGAUUGGAGGAAAGUCGAACACGGGCGAGGGAGGCGAGAACCCGGCCCGCCUGGAUCCUAACCCGGACGGGAGUAACAACAUCCUCAGGUCGUCGAUUAAGCAGAUUGCGAGCGGGCGGUUUGGCGUGUCGGCGUAUUACCUGACGAACGCGGAUGAGCUUCAGAUUAAGAUGGCGCAGGGCGCGAAGCCCGGAGAGGGAGGGGAACUGCCCGGGCACAAGGUGAUUGGGGAUAUCGCCAUCACGAGGAACAGCACGCCGGGGGUGGGGCUCAUCAGCCCGCCGCCCCACCACGACAUUUACUCCAUUGAGGAUCUCGCGCAGCUGAUCUACGAUCUCAAGAACUCCAACCCGCGCGCCCGUGUGAGCGUGAAGCUGGUGUCCAAGGCGGGCGUGGGAGUGAUCGCGAGCGGAGUGGUGAAGGGCCAUGCAGACCACGUGCUCAUCUCAGGCCACGACGGCGGCACCGGCGCCUCCCGCUGGACCGGCAUCAAGAGCGCCGGUCUCCCCUGGGAGCUGGGUCUCGCAGAAACCCACCAGACGCUCGUGGCAAACGACCUGCGCGGCCGCACUGUGCUCCAAGCAGACGGGCAGAUGAAAACCGGAAAGGAUAUUACUGUCGCGGCGCUGCUCGGUGCUGAGGAGUUCGGGUUUUCGACGGCGCCGCUGAUCACUCUUGGUUGUAUCAUGAUGAGGAAGUGUCAUAAGAACGUGUGCCCGGUGGGGAUUGCGACUCAGGACCCGGUGCUGCGGGCGAAGUUUAACGGGCAGCCGGAGCAUGUGAUAAACUAUUUCUUCAUGGUGGCGGAGGAGGCGCGGGAGUACAUGGCACAGAUGGGCUUUAAGUCCAUGGAUGAGAUGAUUGGCCGCGCCGACAUGCUGGAACAAGACAUGGACCUCUGCAACUCCAACCCGAAACUCCAAAACAUUGAUCUCUCUGUGCUGCUCACCCCCGCCGCGACCCUCCGCCCAGGGGCCGCCCAGCGGUGCGUGCAGAAGCAGGACCAUGCGCUCGAGCUGGCGCUCGAUCAGAAGCUGAUCCAGCUCGCGCAGCCCGCGAUCACGCAGAAGAUUCCCGUGUUUGCCGAGGUGCCGAUUGUGAACGUGAACCGUGCGGUGGGAACCAUGCUGUCUCAUGAGGUGACCAAGGUGCAUCGCCUGGAGGGCCUUCCUGCUGAUAUGAUCCAUUUCAAGCUCACGGGUAGCGCUGGGCAGAGCUUCGGCGCGUUUACCUGCAAGGGGUUGACUCUGGAGCUUGAGGGGGAUAGCAAUGAUUAUGUUGGCAAGGGGCUGUCUGGGGGGAAGCUGAUUAUCUACCCGCCGACCUCGUCGACGUUUGAUCCCAAGGAGAAUAUCAUCAUCGGGAAUGUGGCGCUGUAUGGUGCUACGUCUGGCGAGGCGUAUUUCUGCGGUAUGGCUGCGGAGCGGUUUGCUGUGAGGAACUCCGGGGCGAGGGCGGUGGUGGAGGGGGUGGGGGAUCACGGGUGCGAGUACAUGACGGGCGGCACGGUGGUCAUUCUGGGCGGCACUGGAAAGAACUUCGCCGCGGGAAUGAGCGGUGGGACGGCGUACAUUCUCGACCGGGAAGGGGACUUCCACAAGAGGUGCAACACAGGGCUUGUUGACCUGGACCCUGUAGUGGCAGAAGCGGAUGUGCUGCUGCUGCGCUCCAUGAUUCAGCAGCAUCAGAGGUACACCAAGAGCAAGCUGGCUGGCGAGGUGCUGGCGGAGUUUGAGGAGCUGCUGCCCAAGUUUGUGAAGGUGUUCCCACGGGACUUCAAGCGCGUGCUGGAGGAGAAGCGGGUGAAGAGCGAGAUGGAGGCGGCGGCGCUCAAGGAGAAGGACGCGUUUGAAGAGCUCAAGAAGCUCGCGGCUGCCAGUGGAAAGGAGGAGGUCAACGGGUCCGCUGCUGUGGCUGCUCCCAAGCGCCCCACGCGUCUCCCUGCGCCCGUCAAGUUCGGGGGGUUCAUAAAGUACGAGAGGGAGCCGCUGCCAUACCGCCCGGCAGAGGAGCGCCUGACCGACUGGGGCGAGGUGCUGGCCUCCGACCCCGGCCGCCCCGAGCUCCUCAAAACCCAAUCCGCACGCUGCAUGGACUGCGGCACUCCCUUCUGCAACCAGGACAAGUCUGGGUGCCCGCUGGGGAACAAGAUCCCCGAGUUUAACGAGUUGGUGUACCAGGGGAGGUGGAAGGAGGCGUUGGAUCGGCUGCUGGAGACGAAUAACUUUCCUGAGUUUACGGGGCGGGUGUGCCCUGCGCCGUGCGAGGGCGCGUGCGUGCUGGGGAUCAUAGAGAACCCGGUGUCGAUUAAGACCAUGGAGCUGAGCAUCAUUGACAAGGCGUAUGAGAUGGGAUGGAUGGUGCCUCGCCCGCCCGCCAAGAGGACCGGCAAGAAGGUGGCGGUCAUUGGCAGCGGCCCAGCAGGCCUGGCCGCCGCGGAUCAGAUGAACAAGCGGGGGCACACAGUCACCGUGUACGAGCGUUCUGACCGUAUCGGCGGGCUGAUGAUGUACGGCGUGCCCAACAUGAAGACGGACAAGACCCACGUGGUGCAGCGCCGCGUGGACCUCAUGGCAGCCGAGGGCAUCACCUUCGUCACCAGCGCGCACGUGGGGGUGGACGAGAACUACAGCUUGGAAAAGCUCCGAGCGGAGAACGACGCGAUGCUGCUCGCGUGCGGGUCGACCAAGCCGCGGGAUCUGCCCGUCCCCGGGAGGGAGCUCAAGGGGGUGCAUUUCGCCAUGGAUUUCCUGGCUGCGAACACCAAGUCGCUGCUGGAUAGCGGGUUGAAGGACGGGAGGUUUAUCUCGGCGGAGGGGAAGAAGGUGGUGGUGAUUGGUGGAGGUGACACGGGCACGGACUGCAUUGGCACCAGUCUGAGGCAUGGGUGCGAGUCGCUGGUGAAUCUGGAGCUGCUGCCGCAGCCGCCGCCGUCCCGCGCCGAUGGCAACCCCUGGCCGCAGUGGCCGCGUGUCUUCCGCGUGGACUAUGGGCACGAGGAGGCCAAGACGAAGUUCGGGGCCGACCCGCGGUCGUACGAGGUGCUCACCAAGCGCUUCAUCGGCAACGAUGCAGGCGAGCUGGCGGGGAUUGAGACGGUGCGCGUGCAGUGGGCCAAGGACGCGUCCGGAAGGUUCCAGAUGAGCGAGGUGGCCGGGUCCGAGGAGGUGAUUCCCGUGGACCUCGCGCUGCUCGCCAUGGGCUUCCUGGGCCCGGAGCAGAACGUGGCGGAGAAGCUGGGGCUCAAGACGGACGCUCGGAGCAACUUCCAGGCGGACUAUGGGCAGUUCGCCACCAACCUGGAGGGCGUCUUUGCUGCCGGCGACUGCCGCCGCGGACAGUCUCUUGUGGUGUGGGCUAUCGCGGAGGGCCGUGGGGCAGCGGCGAACAUCGAUGCGUAUGUGAUGCGCAACGAGGAGGUGGACAUGGCUGCAGAGGAGAGGGAGCUCGUGGCGGUGGCUGCCAGGAGUGUUGCUGCUGUUGAUGCUGCUGAGCGGAGCGCUGCCACCAAUGGCAGUGCCACUAAUGGGAGCGCAACGAAUGGGAGUGCCACGAACGGGAGCGCGUAUCCGAAGGGCGUGGAGCAGGCACGGGUGGAAGCAGUUGAUGCUUGUCUGAUGGUGGAGGGAGAGGAUGACACGGAGCAUAUUGAAGCGUGCGUGGAGAAGAGUGUUGAGGCUGCUGCCUUGGGAGAUGGCACCCCUGAGCCUCGCGCCAGGAAGUUUCUAUCCGGGCCUCUGCCUGCCCUGGACGAGGGUCCGGGGGAGGAUUGGCGCAGGGGGCAAAGGGCGGAGAGCAAGGGGCUAGGGAUAAAGGCAGCAGGCGCAGCAGCAGGGGCUGCUGCUGAUGGGGGAGCAGAAGAGGAGGCCGCUGCUGCUACAGCAGCAGGUAGUGGUGGUGGCAAUGGCGCUGCAUAUCUGGGUGUUGGUAGGGCUGUCUCUUGUGUUGCAGAGGCAGCAGGGGGCGAUUCAGCGCAUCUGGCUGGGAGAGCGUGGUCGUCCGGGCCUUUGCCAGAUAAAGGGGCUGCUGGGGCUGCUGCUGCUACCGGUGGUGGUGGUGGUGCUGGUGGUCGUGCUGGUGUCGCCGGUGUUUCUGGGUUGUCGCGCGGAGCAGCAGCAGGAGCAGCAGCAGCAGCAGCAGUAGCAGGAGCAGGAGGAGGAGCAGAAGGGGCAGCAUCUGCUGUGGUGACAGGAGGGGGGGAGAGGGAAGCAGGAGUUGGGGCGAGGGGGGACGGCAAGGCGGGUGGGGCGGAGGGGCAGGCGGGGGGUGCGAGGGGAAAGGCGAAGAGUGGGCCACUGUUGGGCGACAAGGCUGCAGCAGCAGCCGGGGUGAUUGUGGUGGACCGGUUUCUGGUGAAGGACGAUGCAGAGCGGUACGUGGUGGUUGUGUGCAGUAUAGCGAAGGUUGCAGAGCAGAGCAGAGCAGUACGUUGUCAUGAUCACCAUCACUUUAUUGGCGUGGCCGUGUGUCUGCCCUUCCUUUUCAGGCACCUAACAAGCAUCGCUGUUUGUCUGCCCGUUCCUCUAUGCUUUCUGCACUUUCUUAUGCACUCUUCCCCCGUCCCCACUCUCUUCCGCCACCCCUUCUCCUCCACCCCCCCUCCCCUUCCCCCAUCCCCCCCUCCCCCUCUCCUCCCUCCCCACCCCCUACUACUCACUCCCCUAUUCGCUGAAUUCCCUAAUAAUCCCCUUUCCGCUGUCAUCCACUGUCUCCCUGUGCCCCCCUGCGCCCCCCUGUGGCCCCUUGUCCCCUUCUGCGCCCCCUUUCCCCGCCCCGCCUUUGUCCCCCUUUUGCCCUCUUUGCCCCCCUGCGCCCCCCUGCGCCCCCCUGCGCUCCCUUGUCCCCCUCUGCGCCCCUCUUUCUCCGCCUUUUCCCCCCUGCGCCCUCCUGCACCCCCCUGUGCCCCCUGUGCGAGCAGGCAUGCAGGCUCCAAGGCAUCUCGUCCAGGCAAGCUGCCAUCGCGCUUCACAUUCGAGCCUACACACGACCCUUUGGAGUUUGACGAAGCCUCUCCCCUCCCCACUGCGACCUCCUCCCUCCCAGCCACGGCUGCUGCUUCCACCGCCACCUCUGCUGCUUCUCUUCCUGCCGGCUACCCUCCUGCCGCUGCCGCCACUGCCGCCGCCGCCACUGCUGGUGCCGCUGCUGGUGCUGAUUCUGGUCCUGCCCCGGCUGCCCGUACGGGUGCUUCCGUUGCUGGGCCUGCUGCCGCUUUGUCCGUAACCACAGGCGGUGCAUCUGGUGCAGGCUCAUCUGCGGCUUCCAUUUCAAGCAGAGGCGCUCCUCUUGUGAAGUCCUAUUCCGGCCAGAUGCCGCCUACACCAGGUACGCCCUCCCCACAUGAGGCCACAGGGGGCGGUGCCUUCACUGUUCAUAGAGGCCCAGGUGGAACUACAGGCAGGUUCACAGAGGUGCGGGAGGGGCGAGGGAGAGAGGAGGGCGGGAGGGAGGAGAGGUGGGGGGGUGAGCGGGUGAGAGAGGAGGAGAGGGAGCGGAGGAGAGAUGAGAGGGGGAAGGUGGAGAGGGGGAGAGAGGAGAAGGGGAAGGAGGAGAGGGGGAGAGAGCGAGCGAGCGAGAGAGGAGAGGGGAAGGAGAGGGGAGAGCGAGGGAAGGAUGCACGGACGAGAGACGAGAAGGCUAAGGAGGAGAGGGUGUUUUCUCGUGAGCUGGGGAAGCCUAAGGAGGAGAGGGUGCGAGAGGAGAAGAGGAGGGAGGAGAGGAGCAAGGAGGGAGGCGGAUCUAGAGAGUUGAGAGGGCGGGAGGAGAAGGGGAGGGAGGAGAGGGUAGGAGGGGGAGGAGGAGGAGGAGGAGGAGGAGGAGGAGGAGGAGGAGGAGGAGGAGGAGGAGGAGGAGGAGGAGGAGGAGGAGGAGGAGGAGGGGGAGGGGGAGGAGGAGGAGGAGGAGGAGGAGGGGUGGGAGGAGGAGGAGGAGGGGGAGGAGGAGGGGGAGUAGGAGGAGCAGGAGGAGGAGCAACAGUGGCGGGGCGAGCAGGAGUGCAGCAGAAGGGGCGGUUCUCAGUGACAACAGACGACUCGGAUGGCGAGGAGGAGAGCAUGGGCAUGGCGCCCAUUGUGCUGCGCAGCUCACUCAUGCAACGCCCGCCAGCCCAGCAGCAGCCAGGUGGAGGCGUGCUGCUGCCACCCAACCGCCCUCCCACACCCUCUCAUGGGGCGCCUGCUGCUGCUGCUGCUGCUGCUGGGUCUUCCCACCUCCCGUCUUUCAGAAAGGUGGGUCUUUUAGAAUUGCUUCUUAUCUUCUCUGUGGUUUUAUUCUUCAUUCGUUCCUGCCGCAUCCGUCCCCAAGCUUCUUCCUACUCCCCUCCCGCACCCUCCCGCCCACCCACGGCCUUCUUCGUACCUUCUCAAUUCCUAUGUCAAGCCUUCUUCUCGCUCUUGUCUGCCGUUCUCUCCAUGCACAGGACUCUCUUGCUGCUGCAAUUGUUCCUCUGUCUGCCAUUCAAGCUUUCUUCUCGCACCUGUGUGCUGUUCUCUCCCUGUGCAGGACUCUCUUGCUACAGCAAGUGGUUUUUUGUUUGUAGCAGCGCCCUCCCCCCCUUCAACCUUCCCCCCCUCCCUCAAGCCUUCUCCUCUCUUCUGUGUGCUGUUCUCUCCCUGCGCAGGGCUCUCUUGCUACGGCAAGCAGGCCCGUGUUGA